AUGUGAUUGCUAGUCGUUGCUCAUUAUACAAAAUCGAGUAGGAAACUUACUUUCCUAUAUUUAGCAAACGAUGUCAUCCAGAACAGUAAGAGGAAGGGUCCUGAAUUUACUAGGGAAUUUGAAUCUGUUCUUGUGGAUGCUUUUUCUCAUGUUGCCAGAGAAGCAGAUGAGGGCUGCAAAAAGCCCUUGGAACGAUUGCUUAACAUCUGGCAAGAAAGGAGUGUGUAUGGCAGUGAGUUCAUACAGCAACUGAAACUUUCUAUGGAAGACUCCAAUAGCCCCCAAACUAAAGUUGCAGAGGAGAAGAAGUCUUUAAAGCGGACUUUUCAGCAAAUACAAGAGGAGGAAGAUGACGAUUACCCUGGGAGCUACUCACCCCAAGACCCUAGUGCUGGGCCAUUGCUGACUGAGGAUUUGAUCAAAGCCCUACAAGAUCUGGAAAACGCAGCAUCAGGAGAUGCAACAGUGCGGCAAAAAAUUGCUUCCCUGCCUCAGGAAGUUCAAGAUGUUUCAUUACUGGAGAAAAUUACAGACAAAGAGGCAGCCGAACGUCUUUCGAAGACCGUGGACGAAGCAUGCCUGUUACUAGCAGAGUACAAUGGCCGUCUGGCAGCAGAGCUGGAGGACCGGCGCCAGCUGGCACGCAUGCUGAUCGAGUACACCCAGAAUCAGAAGGAUGUAUUGACAGAGAAAGAGAAGAAGCUAGAAGAAUAUAAACAGAAGCUUGCUCGGGUAACCCAGGUCCGCAAGGAGCUGAAAUCUCACAUCCAGAGCCUUCCAGAUUUGUCACUGCUGCCCAACGUCACAGGAGGUCUGGCACCUCUGCCGUCUGCUGGUGACCUGUUUUCAACAGACUAGAAUAAAUGGUGUCUCCCAGUUUCCAAUAUUACCAGCGGAAAUAAGAAGACUGGUGGUGACUGGAAAUCCAGUCUUCCAAGAUCUACAGUAGGAAGGAACUUGCAGACCCUGCUUUCAACCUCUUGGCUGCUCAUGCUCACCCUCUCUCUGUGUACACCGGCUCACGUUGAGGGGAGGAAAAAAAAAGCGAGUUUUUGUGAGCUCUAAAGGGAGUGGGGAUACUCCAUAUAGGCAAACUUUUCUCAUCUUUUUCCAUACUCUUUAGUUGCUGUUUGCUCUUAGCACUUGUUACCCCCACAAAAGUAAUGAGAAUCAUGUACAUACAUACCUACAAAAUUUUCAAAGAAAGGUUGACCAUAUAGCAUUUUUUCUCUGUAAAAGUACCAUAUUAUUUCUGAA